CACUUGAAAAAUAACGCGGGAGCGUCGAUAAAAACGGAAACGUCGAACCAGAAAACAGUGUAUUAUGGUCUAGACUAAAGCGUAGUAAUUUAUACCGUGUUUGGUUUUCUUUCGUUGGUAAAACGUCGCGCUGUUGUGACAGCUUGUCUGUGGCUCCAGCUUGUCGUUGUUAAUGUAAGACAGUGGUUUCUCGUAGGUUUGUUAUCUGAUUUUAGCUCGGGGAACUAAUGGAUCCUACGGAGGACUUGUCAGCUCGGAUUCUCCUCAAAAAUAUUCUGAGCACAGAGCCGCCCAGGACUCCUCUCAGCCGCAGUGCUUCCCAGGAACCAAGUGGCAGCGGGCUGCGGCGCAGCAGCAGGUUUAGGAGGAAAGAUGCUGAGCCCCAAACCCCGCAGAUCAUCCUCAGGCGCAGCUUGAGGCAUAAUCUCCAUGAGAGUAUAACCAGAAAAAUCCCGCCUGCUACUAAACGAAGAACUGCCUCGGUUCUGCUCAGAAGGCAAACUGCUUCUACUUCGAUGGUUUUUAACGAUGAAGAAACUCCCAGGCAUUUACUCAGAAACAUCCUACAGACAGAGCCUUUGAAGUCCCCUGUUGUUCAUGAGAAAGUAACCCCUGAAGAGCUACAGCCCCCUUCAGCUGACAAUGCAGUUAAUAGAACACGGUCUAGUAUUGAGCUGUCAGGCCAUGAUCUGUUUGAUGUUACGGUGGGGAAUGUUGUGAGCACCAAGAAGGGACUGAGCAGAAAGAGGCCACAUCGGAGCCUUAAUGUUAGCGCUUUUGAAAAACGACUUAAAGAUGAUCAAUAUGCUGAAGAAAUUUCCAAAGAUUCAGUAGGUGAUCUUUCAUCACUUUCUCUGUCAAGCUCCACUUCCUUAACUCUGAAAACGCCCUUUGUUGACGUUCGUUCCGAGAAGAGAGGCUUUCAGAGACAUGUUUCUAGGCACAGAAAGUUCACGGAGGAGUUUAAUGCUGCCCUGAACAAGCAACAGAUGGGAGAUGUGAGCGGUCCUAGGCUACAAGAGCAAAACCUCGGCGAAGACACACAUUUUGAGGGAAUCACAUUGGGUCUGAGCGAACCUGAUAUCACAGUCGAUAUCAUGAACUGUCACACGGCUCUGUAUGACCAGGAAGAUGCCAUAAAUUCUAACCUUUCAAUCAUUGCAACUCAGGAUAAACCCACUGUUAUGGCCUCUCAGCUUCAGAGACACAUGCAAGAGAUAAAGGAGCAAGAAGAGGAGCAGAGUAAGAUGCAGAGAGAGAAACCAGAGGCUGUUUUAUUCAGUGAAGACAAUGAUGUGACAGACCCUGAAAAUGAUGGUGUUUCUGACUCUAGAGGGAAAAAAGAUGUCGAUGAAACUAAACCAGGGGACACUGAAGCUGAUGAUCACCCUGAUGAUCAUCAAGAUUCUGCAGCUUCAUUGAAAUCUAAGGAAAAGGAGGAUGCAGUUGCAUCUCAGACCUUUGAUCUGGAUGUUCGAGUUGAGUCUGAGGAACCGGAAGCUCAAACUGAGGAAGAGGUUGCAGCUGAUUCUCAGUCUGAGCAAGAUGAGGAUGCAGUGGGGCCUCAGGAGGAGGAUGAAGGUGUUAACCGAUUUGAAAUUGAGGAAAAAGUUGCAGCUGAUCCUCAGUCUGAGCAAGAUGAGGCUGCAGUGGGGCCUCAAAAUGAGGAUGUAGGUUCAGGGAGGUCCCGAAAAGGGGACGAAGACAUGGAACAAUCUCAGACUGAAGAAGAGGGUGAUCUUCCUGAAACUGAGAAAGCUGCUGCUGAUUCCCAGCCUGAAGAUUCUGUGGCAGCUUCGCAGUCUGAGGAAGAGAAGAUUGCAGGUGCUUCUCAAACUGAGGAUGAAGGUGGAUCAGAAUCCCAAGCUGAAAAACUUACAGUUAAUAAAUCCCAAGGCAAUGUUGUAGAAGAGUUUCAGGCUGAGGAGGAUGCAGCUGAUUGUCAGACUGAUGAAGACCAUAAUGAGGAUGAGAAGGACCAUGAAGAAGAGUGGGGAUCAGAAGUGCUUGAGCGUAACGUAGGGCACAUCAGUCGCAGGGCUUAUCGCUCUGAGGGUGGGCUCCUUCUACCGGUCAUCAAGGCGAGAGAGGAUCCGACUGACACCACUACAGCAGGUUUGUCAUACACCAAGUCCAAAGGCCACAGUGCUUUGGGUUUGAACACCAGUUUGGAAAUAAACCAGUCUCAAACUGGAAAACCAGACAGGCCUAAACCUCCAUUCCAGGAUCAUGAGGACGAUGUCUGGUUGGAAAAUGAUCCGGUGGACAGAAAAAACACGUUGUUUGACCUUCUCCGGGUGAGCCGUGAAGCUCAAGUUUGUGGGCAGCAGAGUGAUAUUCCUCUAGAAGCUCCUGCAGAACAGGAGGAAGAGGGGGAUGAGGACAAUGACUAUGAAGAGUUCUCCAGUAAGACACCAGCAUUUGUCAGAGAGAAAAGGAACUUUACCUCUGAUCCUCAGCCUUCACCAUUGGUUAUUAAAAAGGUUCAAGCAAGUAGUACAAGUGAAGCUUUAUCUACAGCCAAACCAAAGCAGGUGAGACGCAGGAAACCGCGGCGUUCUAAGAAGGAAGCCGUCCUCCCCAAGACCUACCUUAUGGGUGUCUUUAAACACUUUGCCAAAACAAAAGUCUCUGCAGAUGUCUUCCCUGUCCUCAAUGAGAUAAUGGAUAAAUUCUUCGCCCGUCUUGCUGAGGACCUAGAGACGUAUGCCGCCCAUGCAAAGAGAAAAACUAUUGAGGUUGAAGAUGUUAAACUUCUGUUGAGGAGGCAGGGUUACAUAAAUGACAAGGUACCGGUGGAAGUGCUCAUUGAAAAGUAUCUCCGCAUGGAACAGCGAAAGAUCCUAAUCCCUGUUGCAACUAGUGGAAAUGUUGUUAUUCCUAAAAUACGGAAGUGAAUCUUUUAAAGCACCUCUUGUCUGAUAUUUAACUGUAAGGCUGUCAAUUAGUUUAAUCGCCAUAAAGGUUUUUUUUAGAUUUGUAAAUAUUUGUCAAAAUGAUCCUUAUAAAGAUAUUAUUUCUGUCAUUGUAUUUUUUUUUCUUCUGGUUUAUGCUGUAUGAAAAGUUAAUUUGUAAAUGUUGAAACUAGUGUUUGGUCGAUAGCUGUGCUCUGAUAAUUGGGAUUGCAUGAAUGACUCACCUUUUUCAUUGUAUUAUCUGUUCUGAUUAAUUAAAUCUGUAUCGCUCCAACCAUUAACACAAGUUUUAAUAAAGUUCUGUCAUUUUUAUGCUUCAUAAGAAGCCCCUGUACAUUUCUCUAGUUAGUAACAUUGUGACUAAUAUGAGGAAAUGUAUUUAAACAGAACUGAGUUGAAACAUGACUUUUUCCA